AAUUAGAUUCAUCUUUCCUUUUCCCGAUCCUACACAUACCAAUUCAUACACGUUUAUUUAUACAUAUAUCUAUAUUUAUUAUAUCUAUAGAUACACGUACAUAAACCUCAUUAUAAUCAUAAAAUUAAUUUAUAAAUUGAUUUGAUCGGAGUUGGAAGGAGUGAUAAAUAUGGCAACAUCGGAGCAGUUAAUAACUGCCGGAGGAAGUGGAUCUCAUCACUAUGUUCAAAUGCAAUCUGAGCCGUCCAGAUUAUCGUCGUUUUUCUCGUUUCAUCAAAAUCCGCCGGAAACUACUAGAAUUUUCGAUGAGUUACCUAAAGCCACAAUUGUACAUGUUUCUCGACCUGACGCCGGUGAUAUUAGUCCUAUGCUUCUUUCAUACACUAUUGAUUUCCAGUACAAACAGUUUAAGUGGCAGUUAGUGAAGAAAGCUUCACAUGUGUUUUAUUUACACUUUGCAUUGAAGAAACGUGCUUUUAUUGAGGAAAUUCAUGAGAAACAAGAACAGGUUAAAGAUUGGCUUCAAAGUCUAGGAAUAGGGGACCACCCAGCAGUAGUGCAUGAUGAUGAUGAUGAACUUGAUGACAAUGUAGUGCCAUUAAAUAACGAGGGAAGUGUUAAAAAAAGAGAUGUUCCAUCAAGUGCAGCCCUUCCAAUGAUACGUCCAGCACUUGGAAGGCAACAUUCCAUUUCAGAUCAAGCAAAGACUGCAAUGCAGGAAUACUUGAAUCAUUUUCUUGGGAAUCUGGAUAUUGUAAAUUCCAGAGAGGUCUGCAAGUUUAUGGGGGCUUCUACAUUAUCCUUUUGUCCAGAGUAUGGCUCCAAGCUAAAAGAAGAAUAUGUGUUAGUGAAGCAUUUAGCAAAAAUUCCCAAUAGGGAUGAUGACAGAAAGUGUUCUGCUUGUCUCUGGUUUAAUUGCUGUGAUGACAAAUGGCAAAAGGUAUGGGCUGUAUUGAAACCUGGAUUCAUAGCCCUGCUAAAAGAUCCAUUUGAUGCCGAGCCAUUGGACAUAAUUGUUUUUGAUGUUCUGCCCCCUUCAGAUGGGAAUGGAGAAGGUCGGAUAUCGUUGGCAAAAGAAAUCAAUGAACAUAAUCCCUUGCGCCAUUCGUUUCUGGUAUCAUGUGGAAGCCGAAGCAUAACGAUUAGAAGUAGAAAUAAAGCUAAAGUCAGGGACUGGGUUGCUGCAAUUAAUGAUGCUGGACUUCGUCCUCCUGAAGGUUGGUGUUAUCCUCAUCGUUUCGGUUCCUUUGCUCCACCUCGUGGUCUGACAGAUGAUGGUAGCCAGGCUCAAUGGUUUGUUGACGGUCGAGCAGCUUUUGAAGCAAUUGCAUUGGCAAUUGAAGGGGCAAAAUCAGAGAUAUUUAUGUGCGGGUGGUGGUUGUGUCCAGAACUUUAUUUGCGAAGACCUUUUCAAGCCCAUGCAUCUUCUCGCCUUGAUGCUUUGCUGGAGGCAAAAGCCAAGCAAGGUGUUCAGAUCUACAUUCUCAUGUACAAAGAACUUGCUCUUGCACUGAAAAUUAAUAGUGUCUAUAGUAAGAAAAAGCUGGUUGCUAUCCAUGAAAAUGUUCGAGUUUUACGUUUUCCAGACCAUUUCUCUAGCGGUGUGUAUUUAUGGUCUCACCAUGAGAAAUUAGUUAUUGUUGAUAAUCAUGUUUGCUUCAUUGGUGGACUUGAUCUUUGCUUUGGGCGUUAUGACUCGUAUGAGCACAAAGUGGGCGAUGAUCCUGCUAUGUUUUGGCCUGGAAAGGACUACUAUAACCCACGUGAAUCUGAACCAAAUUCGUGGGAAGAUACUAUGAAGGAUGAGCUUGAUCGUGAAAAAUAUCCUCGUAUGCCCUGGCAUGAUGUCCAUUGUGCGUUGUGGGGACCCCCAUGUCGUGAUGUUGCUCGACACUUUGUUCAACGUUGGAAUUAUGCAAAGAGAAAUAAAGCUCCCAAUGAGCAAGGUAUUCCUCUACUUAUGCCUCAGCAGCAUAUGGUGAUACCACAUUACAUGGCAAACAAUAAAGAACCAGAGGUUGAGAAUUCAACAGUUGCAGAUACUUCUCAUAAAUUAUUGAACAGAGAGGGUUCUUCUUCCUCGGUGUCUUCUGAAGACAUCCCACUGCUAAUUCCCCAAGAGGCUGAUGAGGUGGAUGCUUCUAAUGCUCAACCAAAAAGGAAUGGGUCAAAAGAGUUUCAUGGUCAACCGAGUAGGCCUUCUAGGGUUUCCUUUUCAUUCAUGAAAUCCAAAGUUGAACCUAUAGUCCCAGAUAUGCCAAUGAGAGAUUUUGUGGAUGAACGGCAUAGCUUAAAUCUUGAGCAGGGGUUGUUCUCUGAUGUAGUGGCGCGUUCCGGGAUGGAACCUUCAGAUAAAGAAUGGUGGGAGAAUCAGGAGCGAGGUAACCUCGUUCUUUCUGCAGAUGAAUCUGGACAAGUAGGUCCUCGGGUUGCAUGUCGUUGUCAGGUUGUAAGGAGUGUCAGUCAGUGGUCAGCCGGGACAAGUCAAGUUGAAGAGAGCAUCCACAAAGCUUACUGUUCCCUCAUUGAAAAAGCUGAACACUUCAUUUACAUUGAGAACCAAUUCUUUAUCUCAGGACUUUCCGGAGAUGAGAUUAUACGAAAUCGUGUGUUGGAGUCCUUGUAUAGGCGUAUUUUGAGAGCAUACAAUGAGAAACAAUUUUUUAGGGUCAUCAUUGUUAUACCACUUCUACCUGGCUUCCAGGGUGGUCUAGAUGAUGUUGGAGCAGCAUCUGUAAGAGCCAUCAUGCAUUGGCAGUAUCGAACAAUUUCAAGAGGAAACAGUUCUAUAUUGCACAAUCUCUCUGAUCUUCUUGGUCCUAAAGUUCAUGAUUACAUAUCUUUCUACGGUCUAAGGGCUUAUGGCAAGCUUUCCGAUAACGGUCUAGUUGCCUCCAGUCCGGUGUAUGUGCAUAGCAAGGUUAUGAUAGUCGAUGAUAACACUGUCUUGGUUGGAUCUGCUAAUAUUAAUGAUAGAAGCUUGCUUGGAUUGCGAGAUUCCGAGAUUGGAGUGCUUAUUGAAGAUAAGGAAGUUGUUGAAUCUUCUAUGGGAGGCAAUAAAUGGAAAGCCGGGAAAUUUGCCUUGAGUCUUCGCCUUUCAUUAUGGUCUGAGCACCUUGGUCUUCAAAGUACAGAGAUUAACAAAAUAGCCGACCCUGUGAUUGAUUCUACCUACAAGGAUAUAUGGAUGGCAACUGCUAAUACAAACACCAUGAUUUAUGAAGAUGUCUUCUCUUGUAUUCCUAAUGAUCUUAUUCAUUCCAGAUCAUCUUUAAGACAAUGUGUGACUGAAAGAAAAGGAAAAUUGGGACAUACUACCAUUGAUCUAGGAAUAGCUCCGGAGAAGCUUGAAGCAUAUGAAGAUGGAAAUGUGAAGGCGAUCGAUCCAAUGGAUCGAUUACAAGCAGUGAAGGGACAUCUGGUUUCUUUCCCUACAGAGUUCAUGUUGAAAGAAGAUUUAAGGCCCAUGUUUAAAGAAAGCGAGUAUUAUGCGUCGCCUCAAGUUUUUCAUUGAGUUGAAGCUGGCAUAAUACCAUAAGAGUUAGAUGACACGAUGACGAGCAAUUGUGUUUCAUCCUUGCAGGGAAAAACGUAAAUAGUUAUAGUACAUCAGAUAGUGCUCUCUGUACCCUUGUUGUUUUGGGUUCUAGGGACGAGGCACAAUAGAACCUUUAAACAAGCACAUAUGAUCUACAUUCAUAUUGGGACUCAAUAUCGUAGAUAACAAUAUAUUUUCCCUAUUCUUGGGAAGUUGCAGCCUACAAAUUGCACCGUGAAUGGGUUUUCUGGAGUUAGCUCAUACGACCCCGCAUCAUGCCUUGAUCCCAACCACUGUAUCUAGUAACCAGCAGGGUAUUCUUGGCUCAUGACAGGCACUCCGUUCACUUAAACCACCGUAUCUAGCAACAAGCAGGUCUGGUGACUUGAAUUUGUUCUUUUGGGUAUGAUUGUAUUAAGGUUGCAACUUGUGUAAAAGUUAAGGUCUUAAUUGACAAACUGUACCACAAACCUCAUAUUCUACCAAUAUACAUUCCUUUUCUUCUCA